AUUUGAUUGAUAUCGUCUUAUUCGAAAUCAGGAACCAACGCAACCUAGAAUUCAAUUCACAAACAACCCAAGGCAACCUCGAUUCCCGAAACAAUCAACAACCAUUUACACGCCUGCAAAAAGUGUGCCUUAGCUUUUACCAGUCACAGAGAAGCAAUAACCUAACCCAGUAUGUCUGAAGCAUUCAACAAAGCAGCGGAAGACGUGAAGAACUUCACUAGCAGACCGACAGACCAGGAGCUUCUGGACUUGUACGCACUGUUCAAACAGGCCACAGUCGGAGAUGUGAACACUUCCAGGCCAGGCAUUAUAGACUUCAAAGGCAAGGCCAAGUGGGACGCAUGGGAGAAAAUAAAGGGGAUGUCAAAGGAGGAUGCCGAGCAGAAGUACAUCUCGAUGGCAGAAGAGCUCAAGGCCAAGUACGCCUAACCUUUCUCUCAUUCUUCUCUGCAAGCCCCGCCCCACCCUCCAUGUAAAACCCUGUCAUCAUCCGCCAUCAUAGAACAAAACAGACCAUACCUAUUUUGGUUCAGCAUAAUCUACACGAUCUGAAAUGUACUUAAAUAUUGUAAAUAAAGGAGCAAAGUCGAUUCAAUUCGCGGUUUCUGUGAGUAGUUUGUUCCAUCCCUGAAGUCAUCACUUGUAGUAAUAAUGUCAUAUCAAACCCUUACACAGUGUGAUCUUCAUCUGCAGUUUAAUAUCUGGCCUUAGUAAUGUAUUUUCUAAUUUUUCUGUUGUUGAGCUCCACUUUGUUGGAAUUGUUUGAUGACAUGUGACUGAUGUAAAAAAAACGUGCUAGUUCGGCGUAACUACGAAGUAUCAAGGUUGAAUAAAUUUUUACAAAUUUUA